AUGGAUCUAAUUGUUUUUCUUGCUCUUACUUUGUGCAUAACAUGUUGCAAUGUUGAGGCUAGAAACAAGACUUUAAUAAAUGGAGAAACUAAUGUCACUCUAUUUGGUAGUCCCAUGAUGCAGCGUCAAGUGAACAAUGAUUUUAUUUGUGUGGAUAUCUACAAGCAACCUACUCUACAACACCCUUCACUAAAAAAUCACAAAGUUCAGCUUUACCCAACCUUUGCAAAGAAUGAUAUGCAAAGGAGACCAUCUUUUGGUAAGACUAUGGAUGUAUGCUCACCGGGAAAAGUGCCUAUUUACAACAAGACACAAAUUAUUACAAAUUCAUCUUCAAGGUUACAAACAGAUCAUUUUAAGCAAUAUUCUAAUAAUUCUCAGGGCUACCAUGUAAGUGAUGAUUUUAAAUCAAUACCAAUACUUUGA